AUGAGUGCAAAGUCAGGAGAUUCACCGGAGCAAUUUUCGUGCCUGUUCUUUCAAUCGCACCAUCGGUUCUUCUCACGAGUGGGCUCGAGACUCGAUUGCCCACAGGCACGACGACUUGAUCAUACCACGCCGAUAGAUUUUCAGGAGCCAUGGUUCUUCAUCCUUGCCGCUUGCGCUGCUAAGAAGUGGUUGAUAAAAAAAGGCUGCAUGAGAAGGCUGCUUCGAUCUGCAGAGCCGCGCACUUCUUUCUACGGGAGAAGAUCCAGUCGGGACUCCUUGCAGCCAACUGGCAGGAUAAAUUACGACGCACCCGAGAAAUUCAUCUCUCGCGCCGGAGAGACAGCCAUGACUACGUUGUUUUCUCAGUAUUGCAUAGCGCCGCGAAUUUUUCUGCCGGCGAAGGAAGGCUGCCCUCGCUUAGCAGAUGCAUGUCAACAAAGUGGCAAAAACCUUCCCACGGCGAGGCCUGCGAGAUCAAGCAUGCAAAUGGCGUACCUGUGCCUGUACCUCCUCACGGCCCGUAAGCCAGACGCAGCAGUCGGGCCCAAAGGCGACUCUUUCGGCAGGUGGACGGUCGAACUUCCUCGCAAUCAUCGGAACCAGGUCCGCCUGAUACCGGGACACAGGGAGGCUGCCAAGGAAGCAGAACUCUCCGUCACUCGAGAUCACACCUCAAAAAAAGAUCCCAGCCCCAAAACCGCCGCACCGGAGAGAGAAGCGGCCCGAAAAACGCCGUCACCGUCACCGUCACCAUCCAUCCAUCCGGCCUCCCGCCCAAAACACACACGGCAAACGCCCCCGUCCAGAUACCCCACCAGGCCACCACACACACACACACACACACACACAUACACCCCUCACUGCCUCACAAACCGCCCCCUGGCGUCCCGCGCCCGUCCGGCAUUCGCCCGUCUCCACGCCCGUCGCCGCGAGAUCGGUCCCCGGCCCCCGUUGAUAGCCCACCGCCUCUCGUUCGCCAGCCGUCUCGCCUCCGCCGCCACGACGGCCCCGCGCUGCGCGGCCCAGUCCGCCAUGCUCCAGACGGUGGAGCGGCCCCGGCGGGUGCGCACGAAGUGCGAGGGCGCGGGGUUGAAGGCAGGCGCGCGGGCCGCUGGAGGAGGAAGGCGAGGAGCUGGUGAAGACCGUGGGCUGGGAGACGCUGCUGGUCGCGGUGCUGCUGCUGCUGCUGGUGAUUCGAGGCGGAGAGUCGAUGGUGAUGAGGAGGGAGAGGGGAGGGGGAGAGGGAGAAGGGGCGCGCUCGCUCAUCUCCUCCUUGGCGUCCGAGUCGUCGAGGCGGAUGGAGACGGCUGGCUCGCUCCCGCUCCCGCGCUCGCUGCUGCUGCUCUCCUCGUCGUCGGCAGCACUCUGGAUGGCUGGAUAGCCCGCUUCGAGCUCAAAGUCGGAGACGUCCCCGUCUGUCUCGCCCGAGCUGUCGUGAACGAUCUGCAUCCCGAGGGAGUAGACGUGCUGGUGCGGCGUGCGCGCAGCCAUCGGUAG